CCCUCUCUGAUCCCGCAUUUCCCUUCGGCAGCCGCCGGAGGCUCCGGCACAAUGCUCCGGCUCCUUCGCUUGUUGCUGCUCCUGCUCCUGCUGCCUCCCCCGGGAUCCCCCGAGCCCCCAGGCCUGGCCACGCUGUCCCCCGGAGCGCCCCCCCAGGCCCCUGACUUGCUCUACGCCGACGGGCUGCGCGCCUACUCCGCGGGGGCCUGGGCACCAGCGGUGGCGCUGCUGCGGGAGGCAAUGCGUAGCUAUGCGGAGCUGGGCCGCACGCGGCAGGACUGCGGAGAGCGCUGUGCUGCCGAGCUGGGGGCUGCGCUCCCGGACGCCCCGGGGCCUGACUCCGGGCCGGGCCCAGCACCCAGGGCCUGGGAGCGCCUUCUGCUCCGCGCCGCCCUGCGCCGCGCGGAGUGCCUGAGCCAGUGCGUGGCGCAAAGGCUGGGUCCCGGGGGCGCGGCGCGGCUCCGUGUGGGGAGCGCGCUGCGGGACGCCUUCCGCCGCCGGGAGCCCUACAACUACCUGCAGAGGGCCUACUACCAGCUGAAGAAGUUGGACCUGGCAGCAGCGGCAGCUCACACCUUCUUUGUAGCAAACCCGACGCACCUGCAGAUGAGGGAGGACAUGGCUAAGUACAGACGUAUGUCUAGGGUUAGGCAGCAGAGCUUCCGAGACCUGGAGACGCCUCCACACUGGGCGGCCUAUGACUCGGGCCUGGAGCUCCUGGGGCGCCAGGAGGCAGAACUGGCACUGCCCAGGCUUGAGGAGGCCCUGCAGGAGAGCCUGGCCCAGACGGAGAGAUGCCGGGCUGGCUGUGAGGGGCCUGAGGAACAUCAAAGGGAUGAAGAGGAGGAAGGAACUGGGAGCCAGGCGGGCCUCUAUGAGGCUAUUGCAGGGCACUGGAUUCAGGUCCUGCAGUGCCGGCAGCGCUGUGUGGGGGAUACAGCCACACGGCCUGGUCGCAGCUUCCCUGUCCCUGACUUCCUUCCCAGCCAGCUGAGGAGGCUGCAUGAGGCCCAUGCUCAGGUGGGCAAUCUGUCCCAGGCUAUGGAAAAUGUCCUGAGUGUCCUGCUCUUCUAUCCGGAGGAUGAGGCUGCCAAGGAAGCUCUGAAACGGUACCAGGCCCAGCUGGGAGAGCCGAGACCUGGCCUCGGGCCGAGAGAGGACAUCCAGCGCUUUGUCCUUCGGUCCCUGGGGGAGAAGAGACAGCUCUACUAUGCCAUGGAGCACCUGGGGACCAGCUUCAAGGAUCCUGAUCUCUGGACUCCGGCGGCUUUCAUCCCUGAGGCACUUAGAGAAAAGCUCAGAGAGGAUCAAGAGCAUCGGCCUUGGGACCAUGAGCCUCCACAGCCAAAGACUUUGACUAACUGGAAGGAUGUCCUCCUCAUGGAGGGAGUAACCCUGACCCAGGAUGCAAGACAGCUGAAUGGGUCGGAGCGAGCAGUGCUGGACGGUCUGCUCACCACAGCCGAGUGUGGGGUGCUGCUGCAGCUGGCCAAGGAUGCAGCUGAGGCAGGAGCCAGGUCUGGCUAUCAGGGCCGCCGCUCCCCUCACAGCCCCCAUGAACGCUUCGAGGGGCUCACGGUGCUCAAGGCAGCACAGCUGGCCCGUGCUGGGGCUGUGGGCACUCAGGGCGCUAAGCUGCUUCUGGAGGUGAGCGAGCGUGUGCGGACCUUAACUCAGGCCUACUUCUCCCCGGAACGGCCCCUGCAUCUCUCCUUCACCCACCUGGUGUGCCGUACUGCCAUCGAAGGGGAGCAAGAGCAGCGCAUGGACCUCAGCCACCCUGUGCACGCCGACAACUGCGUCCUGGACCCUGACACGGGAGAGUGCUGGCGGGAGCCCCCAGCCUACACUUAUCGAGACUACAGUGGAGUCCUCUACCUCAAUGAUGACUUCCAGGGCGGGGACCUGUUCUUCACAGAGCCCAACGCCCUCACUGUCAGGGCUCAGGUUCGUCCUCGCUGUGGACGCCUCGUGGCCUUCAGCUCAGGUGGGGAGAAUCCCCAUGGUGUGUGGGCCGUGACUCGGGGCCGGCGCUGCGCCCUGGCACUUUGGCACACGUGGGCACCUGAGCACAGGGAGCAGGAGUGGACGGAAGCCAAAGAACUGCUGCAGGAGCCAGAGGAGGAGGAGGAGGACGAGGAGGAGGAGGAAGAAAUGCCUAGCAAAGACCCUUCCCCAGAACCCCCCAGCCGCAGGCUUCAGCGGGUCCAGGACAAGGCUGGGAAGCUGCCUCGGGUCCGAGAGGAGCUGUGAGGGACUGAGCCCACUCCUUGGAGAUGUGGCCACCUGACUUGUGAGGGUUCCCUUAAUUCCAGGACCUACAAGAAGACCCCAUGUGACAGGAGCAGAACAGCGAGCUCUCAGUCCCUGUACUCCCGCCACCAUGGGGGUCACAAGGGCCGUCCAGCCCUGGACUCAGAGGAUGCCACAUGGACCAGCGUUGAGCUCACCAGGUCUGAGGAGCCAGGGCUGGCCCCAGGUGAUGGAGUUCCAGCCCCGGACAAACAGAGGACGCGAUGCCUCCCUGGAAAGAAGUGACAGGGAGCAGGGCCUGACUGCUUCAAAUAAAGGGGGAUGAGAGGGGAGAAUAACCCCACUGCCCUCUCCCAACCUGUCAAUAAAGAACUUGAAGAU